GCUCACGGGGCUUAGCGAAUGGGGACGGCGGAGGGGAGGGAGUCAGUGUGAAACAGCGCGGAGGCCCCUGACAGUGACGGAGGUCUCGGCGGCAGGGAGGACGGCCAGCGCUUCCGACGCGGGGGCGAGCACGUGAGGAGGUGCUCCCGAGGAGGCGAGCCCGGCGGUGGGGGGAGGAGCGUGCCUUUUUUCUCCCAGGAGGAGGCUGAAUUAUGGAAAUGGGAAGCGAAGAAGAAAAAUGGGAGAAGCUGGAUGCAGAAUUUGAUCACUUUGUGGUAGAUAUGAAGCCCUUUGUUCUAAAAUUACCCCAUAGGUCAGAGCGGCAGAGGUGUGCACUUUGGAUUAGAAAACUGUGUGAGCCUUCAGGAACAGGAGCAGGAGUCACAGGCAGGAGGAAUCGGAAUCUGUACGCAAAGCUCUUACUACACAUGCUCAGGCGGGGGGCUCUCGAGGGCCCCUUCACCCACCGCCCUGAGCCAGGGACGCUGAAAACUUUACCUUCAUACAUGUCCAUCUAUUUUGAUGAACCAAAUCCAGCACAAGCCAAAGGAUUGUCCAGCCCAGAAGGAUUACCAGACUGGGUGAUGGGCGAGCUGGGGAACGGUGAGCACAGAUUCAACGAGUCAUGGACGCUUUCUUCUGGAGAAGAUUGCUCUUUGGUACAGUCGCCGACCCAUGUCCACAGGGAACAAUGCAUUGCAAAGCUCCAAACCAGAUCACAGUCUAUGAGUCCAACCUACAGAGAAGAUGGACAGAUUAUUACCCCAAAGAGUUGUGAAAUUCAUUCGAAGAAAUCUACUCUUUCUUUGGAUGACAGUGACAUCGAAGCUCGCCUUAAUAGUUGGAAUCUUGGGGUAAAAAAGUAUUUGUUUCAUAUAGAAAAUCCUCGGUACCUGAGACAGAAGCCUAUCCCAGUUACUUUGAUGACUCCCAAAUUCAGCCUGAGAAAAUCCAGCAGUCUCCAGGAUGAUCAGUUACUGUCUCGAAUGCAUGAGAAGGAGUUGGACAUGAAAACAAAAAUGAUGGAAGCUAAAUAUCAUGAAGAGAAACUUAAACUGCAACAGAAACAUGAUGCUGAUGUUCAGAAGAUUUUAGAAAGAAAGAAUAAUGAAAUAGAAGAAAUGAAAACUUUAUACAAAAAGAAACAAAAUGAAACGGAGGAGACUAUUAGAAAACUUGAAAAGAAAGUUCAGACCCUCAUACGUGAAUGUCAAGUUAUCAGAGAGACCAAAGAUAACCAGAUUGCAGAGUUAAAAAAGAUAUGUGAACAAAGUACAGAAUCUCUGAAUAAUGAUUGGGAAAAAAAGCUCCACAAUGCUGUAGCAGAAAUGGAAAAGGAAAAGUUUGAACUUCAAAAGCGGCACACUGAAAAUAUUCAAGAACUGCUUGAGGACACAAACAUACGUCUGAACAAAAUGGAGGGUGAAUACAUGGCACAAACACAGUCCACAAACCAGAUGAUCAAAGAACUGGAGUCCCGUGUCCAGCAGCUGACUGGAGAAGCAGAGAACAGUAAUUUACAGAAGCAGAAAUUAAUUCAGGAAAAAUUGGAACUUGAGAGAUGUUACCAGAUAACAUGUAAUGAAUUACAAGAAGUAAAGGCAAGGUUUUAUUCUCUGAUUGCUUUUAGGUGCAACACACUGCAUAAAGAGAAGGAUCAUCUUGUAAAUGAUUGUGAGCAAAACAUGAAACUGUUACAAACCAAAUAUGAUGCUGAUAUAAACCUUCUGAAAAAGGAACAUGCUCUUUCAGCUUCUAAGGCAUCUGGUAUGAUUAAAGAAUUAGAACAGAACAUCCGUCAAUUAAAACAGCAGUUACAGGAAUCAGAACUUCAAAGAAAGCAACAAUUAAAGGAUCAAGAAAAUAAGUUUCAAAUGGAGAAAUGUCACUUAAAACGCACCUAUGAGAAAAAGGUUCAUGACUUGCAGACUGAACUUGAUAAAGAAAAAGAAGAUGCUCAAAAGAAAAUCCAUAAAUUUGAGGAGGCUUUGAAGGAAAAAGAGGAGCAGCUCACCCGUGUGACUGAGGUUCAGAGGCUGCAGGCACAGCAGGCAGAUGCUGCACUGGAGGAGUUCAAGCGGCAGGUAGAGCUGAACUCGGAGAAGGUCUACGCGGAAAUGAAAGAGCAGAUGGGAAAAGUGGAAGCCGAUCUAACUAGAUCCAAGUCUCUUCGUGAGAAACAGUCGAAGGAGUUUCUGUGGCAGCUGGAGGAUGUCAAGCAAAGAUAUGAGCAGCAGAUAGUAGAGCUGAAGCUGGAGCAUGAACAGGAGAAGACGCACCUAUUACAGCAGCAUAACGCAGAGAAGGAUAGCCUAGUCCGAGACCAUGAACGGGAAAUUGGAGACCUGGAGAAACAGCUUCACACUGCCAAUAUGGAGCACGAAAAUCAAAUCCAAGAGUUCAAGAAACGAGAUUCACAGGUUAUUGCUGACAUGGAAGCACAAGUCCACAAGUUGAGAGAAGAGCUGAUCAGCGUGAACUCCCAGCGGAAACAGCAGCUGGUGGAGCUCGGCCUUCUUCGUGAAGAGGAGAAGCAAAGGACUGCUCGGGACCAUGAGGCUGCUGUCAACAAACUGAAGGCUGAGUCAGAAAAGAUGAAAAUAGAGCUGAAAAAGACUCAUGCCGCUGAGACAGAGAUGACGCUGGAAAAGGCCAACAGCAGGCUGAAGCAGAUUGAGAAAGAAUACACUCAGAAGCUUGCCAAAUCCUCACAGAUCAUAGCAGAGCUUCAGACGACCAUCUCCUCUCUGAAAGAGGAGAGCAGCCAGCAGCGGCUCGCUGCAGAAAGGCAGCUCCAGGACGUUGUACAGAAGUUUGAAGAUGAGAAGAAGCAGCUGAUUAGAGAUAAUGACCGCGCAAUCAAGGCUCUACAAGACGAGCUAGAAAAGCGCUCGAAUCAAGCACGAUGUUUGGAGAAAAAACUGCAGCACAAGGAACUGGAAUCACAGGAGCAGAUAACUUACAUACGACAAGAAUAUGAAACAAAAUUUAAAGGGUUGAUGCCAGCAUCUCUAAGACAAGAACUUGAAGACACUAUCUCCUCCCUAAGGUCACAGGUUAACUUUCUGCAAAAGAGGGCAUGCAUCCUUCAAGAGGAGCUGAUGACCUACCAGUGCAGAAGGUACAGUCGUGGCCAGAAUGUCUCCCGAGUAGUUUGCACUGUCUGCAACUGUGGGUCUCCUGGUUGGGUGUUAAAAUCUUCAUUAAAAAUGCGUUGGGGCUUCCCUGGUGGCGCAGAGGUUGAGAAUCUGCCCGCCAGUACAGGGGACACGGGUUCGAGCCCUGACCUGGGAAGAUCCCACAUGCCGCGGAGCAACUAGGCCCGUGCGCCACAGCUACUGAGCCUGCGCGUCCGGAGCCUGCGCUCCGCAACAAGAGAGGCCGCGACAGUGAGAGGCCCGCGCACCGCGAUGAAGAGCGGCCCCCGCUCGCCGCAACUAGAGAAAGCCCUCGCGCAGCAACGAAGA